CCGCCCCGCUGCCGCUGAGGCGGGCGCUGGCGGCGGUGGAGCGACCGCGCCGGCCCCUCCCGGCCGGAGGGUGGCGCGGCCCCGCCGCCACCGCCGCGGCAGUGAUUGCCGGGGAAUGCCGCCGCCCGGAGGAGGGGCUCGGGCAGCAGCGGCUCCGCAGCAGCGAGGAGCAGCGGCGCGACGCGAUGGGUCAGGGGCGGUGAUGGAGGAACCGGGGGAGCUGCGGCAAGAGUCGGUGGUGCGGUUCCUGGCGGCGCGGGGCGGGCGGGCGCCCAACGCCGAGCUGCUGGAGCAUUUCCGGGACUGGGUCAACCCCCCGGAGCCCGGCCGCCGCGCCGCCGCCCGCCACCGCUUCAAGGAGGUGGUCAACGCCGUGGCCACCGUGCGCCAGGAGCCCGGCACCGGCGUCAAGUACGUGCACCUCCGCCGCCGGUACUGCGCCCCGGAGCCUGCCGCCGCCCCCCUGAGCCCCGGGGAGGAGGCGGCGGCAGCGGCGGACAACGCGGAGCGGCCGAGCCCGCCGCCCUCCCCGCGGGCGGGCGCUGAGGAGGCGCCGCCGCCGCCCCUACCACCACCACCGCCGGCAGCGAGCGACGAUGCCGGCAGCCGCCCUCAGCCGGCGGGGCGGCGGGGCGAGCCGCCCCGGCCGAGCCCGGUGGCGGGCGGAGGCCAGCGGAAGGGGUCCCGGCGGGGGCCGCUGCCCGGGCGCGGCGGAGGCGGCGAGGAGGCUAGGGUAGCGGCGGGCCCGGGGCGGCCGCCGCCGCCGCCUCCUCCUCCUCCUCCUCCUCCUCCUCCUCCUCCUCCUCCUCCUCCGGCGGUGGAGGGUGCGGCGGGGGUCGCCCCCGGGGCGGCGGCGCAAGGGGGCGGCCGCAGGAGCCUGCGGGAGGCAGCGCGGGGCGGCUCGCCCCAGCUGAAACGCGGCGCCCCACCCGGGGGGACCCGCGGUCGCGACUCGGACAGCGCCUCGGUGGCCUCGUCGUCCGCCGAGGAGGAGGGGAGCACCACUGGCGCCGUGGCUCUGGACCCCCUGGAGCACGCCUGGAUGUUGUCGGCCUCGGACGGGCGGUGGGAGAGCUUGGAGGGGCUGCUGAGCUGUGAGCCGGCGCUGCUCUGCAAGCGGGACUUCAUCACCGGCUUCACGGUGCUGCACUGGGCUGCCAAGCACGGGCGGCAGGAGCUGCUGGCCACGCUGGUCAACUUUGCCCAGCGGCACCAGCUGCCCGUAGACAUCAAUGCCCGCACCAGUGGUGGGCACACCGCGCUGCACAUAGCCGCCAUGCACGGCCACGCCGAAGUUGUGAAGCUGCUGGUAGGAGCGUACGAUGCUGAUGUGGACAUCCGCGACUACAGCGGGCGUAAGGCUGCGCAGUACCUGCACCAGGGCACCUCGGGGGAUAUGCGGAGCCUUGUGGGGGCCCUGGAGGAGGAGGAGGAAGAGGAAGGGGCUGCUGGCAAUGGGAGUGGGCGCUGGAGGCUCUCCAAGGUGUUGCCCUCCAACCUCAUGAGCUACCGGCUCUCCCACCACCACCACCACCACCACCACCACCAUCACAGCGCUGGGGAGGAAGCUGAGGGCACUGAAGGGGCAGCGGUGCCAGGCAAGGGCAAGGAGAUGACCAGGAAAGCCUCCAGCAGCGGGCGGAUGAAGCCUCGGCUUAAUAAGAUCCGCUUCAGGACUCAGAUCAUCCACAACACGCCCUCCUUUCGCGGUGACACCGAAGAAGAAGAGCAUGAGGAGAAAUCCCUGAAAGCAUCAUUCAAGCUCAGGCCGAAGUCCAAUGUCUUUGGAUAAGGCCGGGGAGCAGGAGGUCUGGGAGGUGGGGGCGUGGACCAAAGUGCCCUAGGGUGUAGCGCAGAAGGUGAGGCAGGUGCAAGUGGCUGCUCAUCUAGACUCAUGUACUCCAGGGAGAUGGGUCCCGAGUAUCUUCCUUUAGCUCAGCUCAGUGGGGUCAGUGAGCCCAGUGGGUCGAUGGGGCUCUGGUGGCUCGCGACUCCCGAGAGCAGUUGCUUUGGCUGGGCCCUCAGUGCUGAAAUGAGAGGCAGUGGGUGCACUGACAAAUGCUGGGGUGUUCAAAAGCUCUGCUCCUUCCUCUCUAAAGGCAAGCUGCGGGAUCAAAAACCUGUGUUAGUGGAUCUGCUAGCAUUAGUGAGUUGAGUGGGGGAAAGAAAAGUGCAAACGCUGUACUCUUAUAUUUUCAACUGGUACUAUAAACUACUUUUAACCAACUUGCUCUGUCAGAACACCUCAGUAAUAUGCAAGUAUACUUCUAAGUUUCUCUUUAACAGCAAUACCACCUGGCACAAUGUGGAGUUGGGUACCCAAAAUGAGACGGUAGAUAACAGUUUACUCUCAGAAUCCAAGCUUCAGUCCAGCAAAGACUUGAGCCUAUGUUGACUUUAUGCAUUGAAAUUUGCCUCAUUUGACAUCAUGAAUAUAUUAAAAAAAAAUCCAUUGCACUGCAAGCAAUGAAUGAAGUUAACCACGUGCACAAGUCUCUGUCAUCUGAGGUACUACUGAGCUUGCUUAUUGCUGUUGGAAUACUAAUACAAGAUAAUGGAAGCAAAGAGUCUUUUUAUAUAUUUGGUAUCUUAUGUCUUCUCUUAGGCAAAGCAAUUUUAUUUUAAUCACUGUGAAUUCUCAAGUGCCAGACCUAGCACAGCUCCAGUUAUUGAGUCUGGUCAAUUCUUGUUAAUGUUGUUUGUGUAACUCACUGCAUUUAAAAUCAGAAAGUUGUGUUGUAUGUGCUACCUGUGGAAGUCGUUCUCUUUUAGAAAAGAGCACAGACACCAUUGCAUGAAAUCCUCAUGAAACUCUAAUGUGGUCCUGUAAUGCAAUAGCUACAGGUCAGUGUUCGCUAGUAACUUGUGUGCCAACCCCUUCAACUGACUUUGUGCAGAAAUAGGGAAGAAAAAAAAAAAAAAGGGUGGGGAAAGGUGAAUUCACACACAACUCUGAAACUCUAUCCCUGUUUAUCAUCCUGAGUGAAACCAGUCUAAUGCCAUAUUCUGGCUAAGUGACAGCAAUGGUGUUUGAGUUCGUUUAAGCCUAUAUUUCUAGAGAAGUGAUAACCAAGGCUUUGAACUGUUGUUCAACAAGCUAGUAAGUCUUAAUCUGAUUGAUGAGCCUAUCCGUCUGCUAAAGCUUUCAGAAACCUUGAAUCUUGUUUCUCUGCUUUAAAGGUAGCAAUUCCAGUGAAAUCUAGGAGGCAGAUCUGUAUCCAGACUCGGCUUUCCUUAAGAAUGAGGUAUUGAGCUGACCCUGGAUCCUGAAUGCUGCUCAAGGUAGAAGCUCAUCUGUGCUUAAAAGCUAAGGUACGGCCAAUUUCAGUGCAACGUUUGUCAAAGCAUGUUUUAAGUUGGCUUCCUCAGAAUGUAUGUGCAUGUCUGGCUGGUAACUAACCAAAAGUGACAGGCUUUGGCAUGUUAAAAUCCAAAUUUGAGACACUGAUUAAGUGCAUGCCACAAGCUCUAGAACACCUCACAGGGAAGCUGCUGCUGGGAGUUGUGCACUUUCAGAGUUACAGCUGUCUGUAGCUGUUGCUGGUGGUUUACGUUUCUUGUAGCGACAGAGGAAGGGACUGCUGGCAAUUCAUUGGUUUCAGUCUUCCCGUGUGGAUAAAUUACCAAUUUCUGCACUUCGUGUCAAAACCUAAUAAAUGACAGUAUUUGCAUAGACAGGCAUGCAAGCAACUGUUAACUAUUUCUGGGAGAAGUUACGUGAAAAAGAAAUUGAAUCUCUGCAUAGGUGCUGGUCAUUACUUCUGUGCAAAAGACUAGAAAUUAUACAGAGGUUCAGUUUUAGUUUAUAAUUUAUAAGCUCUAUUAUUAUAGACUCCAUGUGCCUUCCUUUUGGGUUGGUUGCCACAAAUGUGAUGGAUAAAAUCAGUCUUGCAAAGCACUUUGUCUUUACAUCCGUGGGACAGGACCAGAAAUUUCCCCUCAGCCCUUCCCAUUCAAGCUGUAAACUUGUACAAAUAUGGGGUGUCUGAAAGCGGGGCAGGGGAAUACUAAUCAUUUGAAUUGUACUGUAGAGCUAAUGCUUUUGUAACAGAGAAAAUAGUUAAAUGCCUAAGUCUUAAACUUCCUCCACUGUGGAAGAUAAAUAGCUUUUUGGACUUCUGUAGAAAGGAAGCUUUCUGACUGAACACUUUCAACAUGAGCCUUCUUUGGCACGGCCACUUCUGAAUUGACCGCAUAUUCCAUGCAACUACCUAUGCCCAAACCUUAUUAAACUAACUUUCCGCUUCGAGAGUUUAUAGUUCUUUCACAUGAACUGUUGGGUGAAGUGUUUAUCUCUUCAUGUGCAAAUAACAGAGAAUUGCGCAAAAAUACUCAGUCUUAGUUAGCUGUUGGGGUCUGAGGAAAUAGUUUGAGAAUUUCAAUGCUUUGGGAUUUGGACUGCAGCACACUUUGGAUCUUAAAAGACUAACUGGAAUAUAGUUUUAUCUUGCAUAAUACAGUUGAAAAAGGGUAAAAAAUGCCUCAUUUAUGACUUAGUAUUUGAAGUAUCAAAGUGAAACGGUUAGUCCACUUAUACUGUUUAGCUCUCAAUUAAUGAAAUUUCACCAUAACGGUCCAAAGGUCUUUGCAAGGUGGGGUGCAACAGAGCAAACAUCUCUGUUGGUGUUUGACAUGUAUUGACAAAUGGCUAGAUAACCACUAGUGUCUGUCUGCGCUAUGGGACUAAAGCACUUUGAUUUCACAUUAUGACUUUGUCACAUUCCACAUGGUUACUUUUUAUAACAUGAGCUAAAACUUUUUUGUUUCGAGAUAGGAAAGGCUUGAUGCCUUGUUUUAGAAUAUUUACAGUCUAAAGGUACUCUUGAGUCAAAUAUUUUGGAUACGUUGCCUAGAAAGAUGUGAAUUUGAAAUAAAGUUGUAUGGUACAGAAAACUGGAGCACUUACUGGUGUCUUUUUAACGGUAUGCUUGAAGUUACUGAAUGCGUUUGUUCACUUUUUAUGAUGGUGUGUAAGGCAGCGAGACUGUAAUGUAAACAUUUGAUAUCGUUUAUUGUAUCUAACGUUUGAACUAUUUUAGAGGUCUGGAAGCCUGUAAGUUUUUAGUAAUGCAACUUUUUAUGGGUGUCUUUCUGAAUUUAUGAGUUAAGAAUCUGUAAGCUUUAGUUUUACUGAAAUAAAAAGAGCCCAUGAAUUGUU